AUGGGUCAAGAAGCUGGCAAACCUGCCUGGCCCGAGCCAGCAGGAGGAUAUCGAACAAUUACAGGUAGAAGAUAUGGAAGAAGACUUGCCUAUGCUGGUUUUAGACCAUCUUUGAAUUGCCAGGAUGGAGAUGAAUAUCAACACAACGAAGACUAUGAACGAUUAGAAUUGGAGGAUGCUCAGAAAAAGAAUUAUUUACGUUCCAGUCCAUUGGUUGAAGUUUCUUCUGGUUUAUUGGAUGAGCCUUUGUUAGAAAAUAUUGGAACUGAAGAACACGUUUGUCAAAAUAUAUCAAGCCGAACGUUUGAAGCGAACCUGUCACCGUUUUCUCUAUUCUCGUAUCUGGAAGCCAACAAAAUCUCAGGGACCUUUAUAAAUCCCUAUGAAAAUUCCGAGGGGCUUGCAGAAUAUGCUUCUGGAGGACGUAGUGAUUUGAAUGGUCAGAAUGGAAUUUCUUUUGUAAACAUCGACUCUUAUGAGCCAGAUAGCAGCGAUGGAGAGGAAGAUGAUGCCCAAGAUGAAUUCACUUUGGCCAGAGAAGAGCCAUGUGUAUUUCAAGAAACAUUAGAUAACAUGCUUUUUGAGUUAGAAAAAGGCGUAGAGUCUUUUACUGACUUACAGUCCCGAUUAUCCAUUCUCAACCACAGUGCUUCUGGAGAAUGUUGUGAAGAAGCAGAACCAAUGCCUUUAAUGAGAUACUUUAGCAUGGAUUCAGAUUUGGUGUGUCCAAACAGGAUAUUUAGAUCUUUUGCUGAAGAGCAAGCCAUACUGAAUAGUAACUUGAAUGGUGCCAAUUGUGAAACACAGCAGACAAAAAAUACAGUGGAUGUUGCAAUUGGAACCACUCUACCAACUGAUGAUGAAUUAAAUGUCAGUGAUAGACAGACUGACCGAGGAAAUUCACCUGAGCUAGUAGUGAGACCUAAAAUAAGAAAACAAAAUACUGCAAACCGGUUGGCGAGAGAGAAUCUUCUCCCUAGUGAUGAAGGAGGAAGUGGUUCCUGGAGGAGAAGUGCAAUUGCUGAAGUUCAGCACAGCCGUGCUGGGUGUGCCUUGAGAAAUAGUAAAGAAGGGAUGAGUUCUAGUAUGUUCUUUGACUCAAGAGAACAUGAAGGUCAUCAGAAGAACACAGAAAUAGACCUAAGGAAAAAUGCAUCAGCUCAAGACCAAAAAAGUGCAUGUGGUGAUAGCACUUUUUGGGAUGAAUUUGAAGACUGCAGCAGAUACUUCUCAGUGUCCCACAAAGAUGAGGACAGCUCAGAAUGCAGUGAUGGAGAAUGGUCUGCAGCUGUGCCUACCUACUUCACUGCUACAGAAAGAGAACAGUCCUCAAGUGAUGAGAGCUGGGAGACUGUUCCAGGCAGGGAGGAGUGUGAGGCUGAAGUUCAGAGCAGCAGCAAUGGUGUAGAAGAGAACACAGAUCUCUGUUUCCAAGGAGGGCAACAGACAUUACUGGAAGAAGGAGAGAUUCCUUGGUUACACUACCAGGAAGAAGCAGGAAAUAGCAGUGAUGAGGAAAAUUAUCCAGUUAGUGAUUUUAUGAAUCCGGGAUUCUUCCUGUUGGAUGGAAAUAACAACCUUGAGGAUGACUCCAGUGUGAGUGAAGACCUGGACGUGGAGUGGAGACUACUCGAUGAGUUUGGUGAUGGCCUAGGACUUGCUCAGGCCAUUCCUUCUGUCAGUACUCAGUUUCUUACGUCUAUGGCACUAGAGGCACGCUUACAACAAGCUAUGGAGGCUGCUCUGGCACAUUUGCAGUCUAUUGGAUUUGAUGUUGAACAAGCUCAUCCACCAGCUACAAAAGAAACCAUAGAUUGUCUGCCACAGAUUAUCGUCACAGAUGACCAUGAUGGUAUGGAUGAAGAGCAGUGUUGCACCAUCUGUUGCUGUGACUAUGUAAAAGAUGAAGUCAUAACAGAGCUACCCUGCCAUCAUUUAUUUCACAAACAAUGUGUGUCUCUUUGGUUACUGGAGUCAGGAACAUGCCCGAUUUGUCGUCACGUGCUUGCACCCAUGUGUCCUGAAGCAACUGCUGCCACUAAUUCCUUUCUGUCUGAUCAUGAUUCAACAUCUUCUGUUCAUGGUGCUACAGGAGCUUCAAACUAG